GUGACGUGUACCGGAACACCUCCUCUCUAGGCUGGUGACGUAGUUUGGACGGUGUAGCGAUGCUUCCAGUCCGUUAACCUUACAGAGACGUUUAGUUCUAAACAUUUCAGUCUAGCUGCGUCUUUGUAGACAGGUUUUGCAUGAAGCUGCUGUUCUAAACAAGCGAUGGCCGGUCCAAAUGAUCUGCAGUUCCAAGAGUUUGAAGCAGCAGCAGAUCUUCUAUCAGCUGACCCCGGGGCCUCCACACUUAGCAUAUCUGCAUCGAAUGACCCCACCAUCACAGCUGGAACACCAGCACCUGGGGAAGAUGUAAAACUAGACCUGUCUGAGGACGAGGAGGUUCAGGAGGAAGGUUCAGAGCUUUUAGGACAGAAACCAAGUGGUGGCUUCUGGACGUUUGAAUACUAUCAGUCUUUCUUUAAUGUGGACACAGUGCAGGUGCUGGACAGAGUCAAGGGCUCAAUGAUGCCUUUACCAGGGAGGAACUUUGUCAAACACUACCUGAGGAAUAACCCAGACCUGUAUGGCCCGUUUUGGAUUUGCGUGACUCUGGUGUUCUCAGUAGCAAUCAGUGGGAACGUGUCCAUCUUCCUCAGAGAGCCUGGCAACCCCAGUUAUCACCACAGGCCACAGUUCCACAGGGUUACUAUAGCUGCAGUGGUGAUCUUCUUGUAUGCCUGGCUGGUGCCGAUCGGUCUGUGGGGAUUUUUGACCUGGAGACAGGGGGCUGAGAGGCAGGUUGGAGGCUAUUCCUUCCUGGAGACUGUGUGCGUCUAUGGAUAUUCCCUCUUCAUCUAUAUCCCUACGUCGAUUUUGUGGAUAAUACCAUAUGAUUGGCUGCAAUGGACGCUGAUUGUAGUUGCCAUGGUGAUCUCUGGCUCAGUCCUAGUUCUCACCUUCUGGCCUGUUGUCCGGGACGACACCAAAGUAACAGCGGUGGCCACAGUGGUGACCAUUGUGGUGUUGCACACACUGCUGGCUGUUGGCUGUAAGCUGUACUUCUUUCAAACAACAGUUCACACACCUCCACCGACCACCAUCAGCCCGCUGAUCCAUACCACGUUGGUGGUCAAAGCCCACUGACCAUGACAGUAAAGGGAAGAGGGCUCAUCAUUUCAGGAGCACAGAACAUUAGAUACAUUACUCUGUGACUGGGAAGUUUUUCUACUGUGAUCUUUCUUGAUGUGGUGCAUGGAGAGGGUUUAACGUGACCACCUUUCCCCAAGAAAGUUAAAUUCUCAAUUAGCCUUCCAGAAUGUUAACAGAAGUGGAGAACAGGUUUUAGAUCUUAUUAAGUCAGCCUCUGAGUUAGAUCUGCUUACAUUUUCAGACAUAUUAGAGGUGCUGCAAUGAGGAGCCAAAUCCUCUGGAAAAUUGUAUAAACUCCCCCACAAAUCUUUCUUGCACCAUAAAAUGUUAACCUCGUCAACCCACAUACGCGAGUGCAAAUCCACUGACAUUCCUCUUUGUCCUGCCUAAUCAAACAUGAACAUGCAUGAAGAAGACGACAGGAGACAGAGAAGCCAUUUCAGCCUGCAGAUAUUGUUCUGAAUGUAAUUUAAUCUGGAACUGAAAGGUGGUGAUGCUGGCAUACCGCAUCCCUCUCCUCAGAGCUCAGCUUUCACUUUCAUAACUUUCAUUUAAAACGUUUAAGUUAAAUCAUAAAGUAUGAAGAAGGUUUACAGCUAUUUAUUUUCUAAUGUGAAGCUACUGAGACCUACUUUUGUGUUAAUAAACUUUGAAUGGUUAUUUCUUUUAAAA